AUGACAGAUCCAAAAACAGACACUGAGCUAGGGUUAGAAAGAGAAUUUGAUCAGCUCCGUAUUAACCAAAAGGAAUCAGUUAGAGAGUUAGAGCUAAGUAGCACCGAAACAAAGACUUGGAGACACACAAUCUCAAAUGUUAUCAAGUCGGUAGUAUCUAUCAAAUUGAAUCAGUGUGUUAAUCUUGAUGGAGAAGGACCAUACACAGGAGAAGCAACAGGUUUCAUCGUUGAUUCAGAAAAAGGUAUUAUAAUAACGAACAGACAUGUGGUUGGAACAGGUCCAUUUCGAGGGUAUGCCGUAUUUGAUAACCAUGAAGAGGCAGAUUUGAAAGCCAUCUAUAGAGAUCCAAUUCAUGAUUUUGGAUUUUUGCAAUUCAGACCUAAAGACAUUAAAUUUAUGGAAGUCACUCAAUUGAACCUCGCACCUGAAUUGGCUAAAGUCGGCACUGAAAUUAGAGUUGUGGGUAAUGAUAAUGGUGAAAAACUUUCUAUUAUGACUGGAAUUAUAUCAAGAAUAGAUAGAGCUCCGCCUGAAUAUGGUGCAAAUACUUAUAAUGACUUUAAUACGGAGUAUAUACAAGCUUCGGCAAGCUUAUCUGGAGGAUCAUCUGGGUCACCUGUUGUCAAUUCUGAAGGAUUGGUUGUUGCAAUACAAGCAGGUGGAUCAUUUUGGGCGUCAACAGAUUAUUUUUUACCACUUUUUAGAGCAAAGAGAGCUUUGAACUGUAUCCAAAAAGAAGUACCCAUCACCAGGGGUGAUAUUCAAGUUAUAUGGAAUCUGAGACCAUAUGGGGAGUGUGAAAGAUUGGGACUUCCCUCACAGAUUGAGAAAAGUGUUAGGAAUGAAUUUCCGAGUGCCAAUGGUUUACUUUGUGCAAAACUGGUUAUCCCUAAAGGACCUUGUGCUGAUUUAAUAAAGGAAGGUGACAUUUUAAUUUCAAUUAAUGACGAAUUCAUUGUUAGCCUUGUUAGAGUUGAUGAAAUAUUAGAUGAAAAUGUUGGUAAAGAAUUGAAAUUCACCUUGAGAAGAGGAAAAAGAGAUUCCUUUGAUGUGUUCAUUCCAAUUGGAGACUUAUAUAAAAUCACUCCUGCAAGAUAUGUUCAAGUAUUUGGCUCCAUCUUUCAUGAAACCUCUUAUCAACUUGCGGCCAACGGUCACUUUCCCAUCAAUGGAGUUGUUGGGAACUCAGUAUUGUACGAUGAUGAACUGUGUCUUAUACAUUCUAUUGAUGAUAAAAUUAUUGAAGAUUUAGAUGGAUUUAUUGAUGUUUUAAAACAAAUUCCAAAUGGAAAAAGAGCUCCGAUUACUUACUAUACAAUUGUGCAAAAUAAAGAUGUGGAAGAAAGAAGACACACUUGGUAUGAGUUCGACCGAACUUGGAAUUCAAGGUUCGUCUUGGCAACUAGAAAUGACGAUACAGGAUUAUGGGAUAUUACGGAUUUAGCAGAAGGUCAUGAAUUCCCACGACUUCCUUCCAUCGAACCUGAAAAGGCUACCUAUAAGACAAUCCAAUUCGAAGAAAGUGAAGAUAAAAAAGCAUCAUUGAAACAAAGCGUUUGUAAUCGAUUCCUCAGGUCUUUAGUUGAAAUAACUGUUGAUACCUAUAUUCUGCUUGAUGAUCAAUUAUGUGGUCGAAGAUCUGGAACAGGGAUUGUUCUCGAUCCUGAAAAUGGGUAUGUUCUCGCUCAGCAUAGUACUGUGAGACAUGAUAUGUGCAAUGUUUUCAUAACUUUCGGUAAUUCUGUCGAGGUCUCUGGUAAAAUCGUCUUCAUGCACCCCCAUCACAACUUGGCAGUUUUAAAGUAUGAUCCACUCUCAAUAGUCGCUGAUAUUCAGCCUAACGUACUCAGCGUAACACCGUUGAAACGAGGCGAAAAGUGUUUAAUGGUUGGAUCCUCUUCAACUUCUUCAAUUUUAGUAAAUGAAGUCACUAUAGGUGGAUCAUCAAAACGAACCAGUAAGUUUUUUGAAGAUUAUAUAAACUUGGCUAGUUUCAGAAUGGAUCCUGGUCCAUCUGGAGUUACGGGAAUUGUGUGCGAUUACGAUGGAACAAUAAGAGGUGUUUGGCAGAAUUCCAACCAAUUCGUUGGGGAUAUGGAUCCGCAUGCGGGCUACGGUACAGAUAUCACUGAUUUGAGAUACAUAACUGACAGAUUGAAGAACCAUGAAUCACCUUCUAAAUUAAGAAUUGUGGAUGUGCACUUUAAUACUCUAGAUUUACUCAAGGCAAAGCAAUGUGGAGUCCCUUCUGAGUGGAUCUCAAAAUACAAUGACCCGGAUUCAUUUGAAGACUCACAGUUUUUGGAAGUCACCAACUCUCAUGCUGCAAAUAUAAGCAGUGAUAUAGAGUAUCCAAAAAAUCCAUUAGAACAAGGAGAUAUUGUACUUACUGUCGAUGAUAAGAUUGUUAGAACUUUCAAAGAUAUAAAUAUUUUGCAUGAGACUCUAUCACUUUCGUAUAAAGUUUUGCGGGGGAGAGAAAUUUUGGAUUUGACUGUCCCAACUGUUAAGGUUGAAGACUUGUUCACAAGUCAUCUUGUUAGUUGGUGUGGAUUGUAUUUGCAAAAGGCUCCUACUGAUGUUCAGCGAGCAAGAUCAUCCUCACCAUCUGGAAUUUACAUUACGAGUUCCCAUGAAGGGAGCCCUAUUCUUGUAUAUGACUUAACAAGUCAAUACAUUACUGAAAUUAAUGACCAAGAAGUCAAAACUUUAGAAGAUUUUGUGAAGGUGGUAAGAAAAAUCCCUGAUAAUACUUACGUGAAACUUAGGUGCAUUUCUGGCAACAAGCCCACCACUAAGGUUGUGAGAACGGACUACCACUAUUUCCCGACUGGUGAAUUCAAAAAGGACAAAGAAGGCAAGUGGGUUGAAAUCAGUCCUAUUGUUACGUAUAGAUUAGAGAAUAUUUAG